AUGGAUAUUAGUCUGACGAGCACAGGAAAGUCCGACCAAAUGACAUGCAGUUCAGAUGACCUGCAGGAUUCAAGCCAUGUAAGGUCUUAUACUUGUGCUUUCUGCAAGAGAGGCUUCUCAAAUGCACAAGCAUUAGGAGGCCAUAUGAAUAUUCAUAGAAGAGAUAGGGCCAAACUUAAACAGGCUUUCCAUGAAAACUUUCUUUCUUUGGACAUCACAAAGUCCACCGAGGAAAAAGGUAGUGCGCCUAAGACACCAUCUGCUCCAUCAAUAUUUGAAGAUGACUGUGCUACUCCCGGAAAUAUGGCUACCGAAGAUGUUAAGCAGAUACCCUUUAUUGUUGAUGCCAAGGUAGGUACUGAUCAUGACCAUGAUGAUAACAAGAUGCAGUUGAAUCAAGCUACGAUACAGGCAGGAUUGGACCUUGAGCUUCGACUAGGGUCCGAGCCACACGAAUCAUCUACAAGGUCGAGUACCAAAGAAUUCUUUUGA